AUGUCUGCGAAAUCCCAAUCCCAGUACGCUCCAGCGUCCAAGGUACCGUUGAUCAAGUCGCCCAGUCUCCGCGUCCCGCGCCCGGUCGAGCGGCCUCCAGACAUCCACCCGCUCCCCGACGACGUGACUGCAUACUUCGUAUACCCCUUCACCCUCGAGCCACACGUCAUUCGCCUCGAGGAGUCACGCCGAUCCACCCUCAUCGCACACGCUACGCGCCGCGAGGCAUAUCUCCGAGCUCGUGAAGAGGAGAAGGAGCGACGCAAAAGGGAGGCGUUGCGCAGGAUUGCGCCUGGGUUUGAGCCACAGGCCAGCCCGCUCGUUCCAACGAAGAGAGCGUCCUUAGGGCCCGGUACAUCGUCAGUUACGAUGGACGACACGGGGCAUGCGCGGUCGAGGUCCGUCAUGGAAGACCUCGUAGAUCAGCUGGCGAAGCUCGACUCAUGA